GUUCAGUGUGUGAACUACUCGGAACAAGGAUUACCUACCACCUCUAGAGGGAGACAACAAUGGCUCGUACCAAGCAGACCGCCCGUAAAUCCACCGGAGGAAAGGCCCCUCGGAAGCAGUUGGCCACCAAGGCUGCUCGUAAGAGUGCUCCCUCAACCGGUGGCGUCAAGAAGCCCCAUCGUUAUCGUCCCGGAACGGUCGCCCUGCGUGAAAUCCGUCGCUACCAGAAGUCCACAGAGUUGCUGAUCCGCAAGUUGCCCUUCCAGCGGCUGGUGCGUGAAAUCGCCCAGGACUUCAAGACGGAUCUGCGCUUCCAGAGUGCCGCCGUUGCUGCCCUGCAGGAAGCUAGCGAGGCGUACCUGGUCGGACUGUUUGAAGACACGAAUCUGUGCGCUAUUCACGCCAAGCGCGUCACCAUUAUGCCCAAGGACAUCCAGCUGGCUCGACGCAUCCGUGGAGAGCGUGCCUAAAGUGGAGCUUUCUUUUGUUAUACCGGAUCAACCCUUCCCAAACAACACAAAAGGUCCUUUUCAGGACCAGCCAAAAGAGUUCA